AUGACAUCAUCCAAGAGCGCAGAUGCCUCCACGGUUCCCGUCCUAAAAGACCUCACCAUUGAGAACAUCACCGAGAACGUACAUCGAAUAAACUCGCAAUGCACCGACCCGCGCCUAAAGUACGUGAUGGAGCGAUUGGUCUCGCACCUCCACGACUUCGCGCGAGAGACGCGACUGAGCUUCGAUGAGUGGAUGGCAGGCAUACAAUUCCUCACGCAAGUUGGGCAAAUAUGUACAGACGUGCGACAAGAAUUCAUCCUCCUCUCAGACAUAGUCGGUCUCUCUCUCCUCGUAGACUCCAUCGACCACCCCAAGCCGCCUUCUUCAACUGAAGGCACAGUCCUUGGCCCCUUCCACACGCACGACGCGCCCUCCGACUCAAACGGUACCUCCAUAUCCGCUGAUCCUGACGGCGAGGCUCUACUCGUCCUUUGCACCGUCAAAACUACAACCGGCGAACCCGUAGCAGACGUCAAGGUCGAUGUAUGGGAAACAGACUCCCACGGCAAAUACGACGUGCAAUACGAGAACAGGGGUGACAAAGCAGAUGGGCGUGCGGUUAUUAGGAGUGACAAGGAUGGUGUGUUCUGGUUCAAGGGCAUUGUACCCGUGCCGUAUCCAAUUCCCAACGACGGGCCUGUCGGCAAGUUGCUUGAGAAACUAGGAAGACAUUGUUGGAGACCCAGUCACAUGCAUUUCAUGUUCGAGAAGGAGGGAUUCGAUAACUUAGUAACGGCGUUGUAUGUCCGUGGUUCCGACUACGAGACUUCUGAUGCUGUCUUUGGUGUCAAGGAAUCCCUCAUCGUCAGCUUAGAUACUGUAACAGCAGAGCAGGCAAAUGAGUAUGAUGUGAAGGAGGGAUCAAAAUUGCUCAAAUACGACUUUGUACUUGUCACAGAUGAAGAGACGAAACAGUUACGACACGACGAAGCGGUCAAGGCGAUGAAGAUGUUGGGAAGAGAGGGAAUGAUGAUAGUCAACGGAUUGCCCGUCCCUGAGGUCGACUAG